AUGCCCAGAAAAGCAUCGAAAGGUGAAGGACCUAAGAGUCCUCUAUCAUCAUGUUGGAGCUUUGACGACCUGGAGUCCAUCGAUGAGCCUCCUAAGACAGAGAUCCCUUCAGAACCGAACAUAUCUUCCAGUGGUUAUAACACUCGUUUUGAUGUCCUGAUUGAUCCAAUGACACCUUCUCUGCAGGUAAUCAAAUCUAACCUCACUUCGGGAAGUAACCGAGAGCCCAGUGAGUUCGACCAGGAAUUCAUCGCUGGUGUCGAAGGUAGUUUCUCAAGAACUAUAGAAGCUACUCGACCUAAACUCAUAUACAAAUAUGUGAAAGCCAUUGAGAAAGACAACAGCAAAUCAUCCCAUCAUUCCCUUUCUCAGUCUCAGCCAAUCUCACCUACGUCAUCGAGACGCAGUUCAUUGAGUUCUGCAUUCUCGAGUAUAUUGCAUCUCGAUCCGAAAGCGCCCUCAAGUAUAUUAGAUUUCGAUACGGAUGAGGAAGAUAUCUGGCAUAGUGCUUUGGAGUUUUUCAACGAACGUGUCACCAGAGGAUGGAGGAGGAUGCUGUGUGAUAUAGCACAAAAUAAAUCUCAAAUGUGGCGAGAUGAUUUGCAUAGUAGAUUGGUGAGGAGUGGAAAAGGGUCAUACGACAUUUCUUGGAAUAUAAAGUUCAGGGGUUAG